GCCUUAGAUUGAUAGAAUUUACAGUUGACAUUAUUGAUGCAGUGUAUAGACUGCACAGUAGAAAGGAUGAUGGCAUGAGAAAAAAAAAACAAUAAUUGGGAUGCCUAUUAUACCGUGAACAUUUAAUAUAAAAGCAGGAUUUUCCGCGGGACUCUGAAAGCAGCAUACAGCAACGGUGCGCGUGAGAAGCUGAGAACAUCACCGAGCACAGCUACAUGGGAGAGUCAUGCUCCUCUCAGUGUUUUAACUUUUGGUCAUGGCUAAACAGUACGACGUGUUGGUCAGGUUGCUCAUGCUCGGAGAUUCGGGGGUUGGGAAGACCUGUAUGCUGCGCAGGUUCACGGAUAGUGAAUUUAACCCUACACAUAUUUCCACCAUCGGAGUUGACUUUAAAAUGAAAACACUAGAUAUAGAUGGAGUCAAGGUGCGAGUUCAGAUAUGGGACACAGCUGGUCAGGAGCGUUAUAAAACCAUUACCAAACAGUACUACAGGAGAGCACAGGGCAUCGUCUUCGUCUACGACAUCACAAACAGGCUGUCCUUUCAGCACCUGGCCAUGUGGGCCAGCGAUGUGGAUGAAUUCGCUCCAGUAAAGGUGCAGAGGAUAUUGGUGGGAAACAAAGCAGAUGAUGAGCCCAGUAGGCAGGUGUCAAAGGACCAAGGAAGCAAGCUAGCAGAAAACUAUGGGAUGGACUUCUUUGAGACCAGUGCCUCCACAAGUACUAACAUCAUCGAGUCCUUCACACGAGCGGCAGAACUGGUGCUGCAGGCUCACAUGCGAGAUGUGGACGACUUGCUGGGAUCUCUGGAUGAUUACCUGGAUCAGGCUGCUCUGGAUGCAGAGAAAGACAAUCAAGACACCAAUGAAAACACUCGGAAGAGCUGCGCCUGUUGAAAAAAAAAAAAAAGAGCCACCACAGCACCAUGGCUCAUGCUAAAAAACAAUUUCCACAUAGAGAGACAGACUUAGCUCUCCAUCUCCUUCCUCAAACGUACCACGACCUGCUGACUGGGGAGGUGCUCGACUGGUUCCCUUUUGUCGGUUGAUACAGUAACAUACUGGUAGAUGCAGUUAGCAGCAGCAACCAGCAGAGGGCCAUUUCUGUUACUUGGUCACUUAACCAUUUGAAGAGUGAAGAUUUUAUCAACAUAGCAAGACAGUAUCCCUGCACUCAUUUAUUACUUUGACAAGUUUUAAUAUUUUCUUCAUUUCCCUUGUUGAAAUGCACUUCAAUCUAUAACUUUACUAUAUUCCACAAUAUAUGGUAAACUGUUACAUUUUAAAAUCUAAAACAUAUUCUUUACACACAUAGGUUCAUUAAAAAAACAUACAGAUCUACUGUAUAUUGAAACAACAGCUCAGAAGCUGCAAAAAGACGAAUGCUAAAACACAGUCGCCUGUUGAUGGUGUUGAAUUAUUUACACCUCGAAACUCAAACCGAGCACGGGUGGAUUCAUUUACACAACAGACUUAUUUCCUCAAAGGAGACAGUGCCUUGUUCAAUGACCUUUCUGAAUGGAGUGCAUAUGUGUUUUCCAUCCUGAAUGUAUAUGUACAGCUUUCCUCUUAAUGACUGUGACUUGUCAUUGCUUCUUGUAUCCUAUGCAUUCGAGCAGUCUAACUGCAGCUUAGAUUAAUGUGCCAGGUUUCUGCCAAAGUGCCUUAAAUGUGUAAUUUUAACUUCAACUCAAGGAUGUUCAAAUCAAGCCAUGGAUAAGUUAAUAAAUUGUGGUGUUUACAA